UUUGAUCCAUAUCCAAAAUGGCCGCCGCCUCUCGAAUCAUUUCCCUCAUCAUCGCCGCCCUCUGCUGCCUCCUCCCUUCCGCCGCCGCUCAGAAACCAGAUUUAGCCGUCGCGGUCUGCAGAAACACCACCGACUUCGCCUUCUGCCGCGCGGCCGUCUACUCCGAUCCCCGCGCUCCCGGCGCCGACCGCUACGAGCUCAUCGACAUCAUAUUCCGGCUGGCGUAUCGGAACGCGUCUGAUACGAGAGGCUACAUCGCCGGCAAGGUGAAAUCGGGCGCCGGUGAGCUGAAGAAAUGCCUAGGUGACUACGACAAGGCGGUUGCGAUCCUGGAGGGGAUGCUCAACGAUUUGAAUUCGGAAUCUUAUUUCGAUUUGGAUUCUCGAUCCCUUGAUAUCCAGAGCAGAGUGAUCGACUGCGGGAAGGGAUUGCGCAUUGGCGUCAUUGCUCGAAGGAACCAGAACAUGCUUAAAUUUGCAAAUAUGUGCUAUGCUGUUUCUAAGCUUUUUUAGUUUCUUCGUUAAGCUUCAUUUUCUACUUUGUUGAUUCUAGGUUUAUUUUUGCUGAAAAAUAAAGGUGAUUCUGCAAGUGGUAAA